AUGCAAGCUUCGACGUCAAAUACUGGAGCCAAAAGAUCUUACAACUCUUCUACUCUGACUCCUACGCAACCUUCUACCAAGCGAACACGAUCUUCACGGAACGCCGACCCAUCCUCUUCUCGGUCAAAUGCCCAAUCAGGACCGUCAUCCGGGAUACAAUCCCGUGAAUCCCUCCUGAUCAAAUACCCUCCUCCCAACCUCAAGCUCUCGCUACUAGGAGGCUUACAUGAACAAAUCACUCAGCUUUUGGAGAUGGUAGCUCUCCCGCUAUUGCACCCCGAAAUCUACCGUCAUACCGGAGUUCGAGCACCUCGAGGUGUCUUGCUACACGGAGUACCAGGAGGAGGCAAGACCAGGCUUGUCACUUGUCUUGCAGGAGAACUCGAAGUCCCAUUCAUCUCCAUCUCGGCACCUAGCUUGGUUUCGAGUCUUUCUGGGGAUACCGAGAAACUCCUCAGACAGACGUUUGACGAGGCCAAGUCUAUCGCUCCUUGCAUCUUGUUCCUGGACGAGGUGGACGCUAUUACGCCGAAGCGGGAGAACGCUCAGAGGGAGAUGGAGAAGAGGAUCGUCGGGCAGUUGUUGACGUGUCUGGAUGACCUCGCCGACCACCCAGAUCCGGUUAUCGUGCUUGCCGCUACAAAUCGACCGGAUAGUCUCGAUCCUGCUCUUAGACGGGCGGGUCGAUUCGAUCACGAGAUCGAGAUGGGUGUGCCUAGCGCAGAAGCAAGAGAGGAGAUUCUGAAAGUCCUGUGUUCGUCAUUAAAAUUGGCGGGCAAUAUCGAUUUCCACGCCCUGGCACACGCUACUCCGGGAUAUGUAGGCGCCGAUCUGACGGCAUUGACCGGGGCAGCAGGAGUCGCAGCUGUGAAACGAAUCUUUCAAGCGAUGGGAGAAGAGCCUUUGGGCAAGGUGACGGAAGGUGUAGAGGAUAUGAUGGUCAUCGAUGUCGACGCAGACGAGAAGAAGGCGGUCAACGAAAAGACGUCGAUUCAAACCGACGCCGCGAUCGGGGAAAUGCCAGUUCGUCGGCCAGACGGACCUCUGCACGGUCUUCCAGAAAUCAUUCAGAAGACGCCUAUCGCCCAUUUCUUGAUCAACCAUCCGAAAGCCUUGACCACCACCCAGCUUUCGCCUCUUCAUUUGAUUCCAUCCGAUUUCACCCAGGCGCUCAAGACGGUCCAGCCUUCGGCCAAACGAGAAGGUUUCGCUACCGUCCCCGAUAUCACAUGGGCGGAUAUCGGCGCUCUCCAUGGGGUCCGGGACGAACUUCACAUGGCCAUCGUUCAACCCAUCCGACGACCCGAGAUCUUCAAGGCCGUCGGUAUCACCGCACCGAGCGGAGUGUUAUUGUGGGGUCCGCCGGGGUGUGGAAAGACCUUGUUGGCCAAGGCGGUCGCGAACGAGAGCCGAGCCAACUUUAUCAGUGUCAAAGGGCCAGAGUUGCUGAACAAGUACGUUGGAGAGAGUGAGAGGGCUGUCAGACAGGUCUUCGUUCGGGCUCGAGCGUCAUCGCCUUGUGUCAUCUUUUUCGACGAGCUGGACGCGCUGGUACCGAGGCGAGAUGAUAGCAUGUCGGAAUCAUCGGCUCGUGUGGUCAACACGCUCCUCACCGAACUCGAUGGUCUCGAUGCGCGAAAGGCGGUCUACGUGGUCGGGGCUACCAAUCGACCCGACAUGAUCGACCCUGCCAUGGUGCGACCCGGUCGUCUGGACAAGCUCCUCUACGUGGACUUGCCGACACCUCAAGAACGGGUCGAGAUUCUCAAGACCCAGCUCGCCAAGACACCCUUGGCUGAAGGUGCUUGGGAACAGGUCACCCAGAUCGUAACGGGCGACAAGUGUGAAGGGUUCAGCGGAGCCGACAUGUCCUCCCUCGUCCGUGAAGCCGCUACACUCGCCCUCCGGGGUGCGUUGGAAGCUGCCGGCGCUUUCGAAAAUGACGACGAGUCGAUCGAUCCGAGCACGAUGCGUCCGACUGGAGAAGCCACGGCCAAGACUCCCGACAUCAAGGUCACCGUCGAGCAUUUCGCCAAGGCGGCGGAGAAGACGCUUCCUAGUGUCAGCAGGGAACAGAAGCGCAAGUACGAGGCGUUGAGGAACAAGUUUGCUGGAUUGCCUGCGAGGGGUGGAAAGCGGUGGGCCGAGGGGAAAGGGUUGGCUGCGAAUGGAGGGGUCGAGCCGGCCGCCACUGAGAAUAACGAGGCGGGUACUGCCCAGCGGGAUAAUGGGAUGGAUCUGGCCACUUAG